GGUGUUAGCUGGCUGACGUUUACUAUUGUCAGUGUAAGUUACGGCAAACAGGAACGUUGCAUGUGCUGGACAUUAACAUUCUAAAUUCUUGGUGAAACCGGCCGCAGUGAAUCAAAAGCAGGACAAUCAUGGGCAUUCUCGAGAAAAUCUCUGAGAUCGAAAAGGAAAUCUCUCGAACGCAGAAAAAUAAAGCAACUGAAUACCAUUUGGGCCUGUUGAAAGCAAAACUUGCAAAGUAUCGCUCACAGCUCUUGGAACCAUCGAAAAGCCGAGAAGGUGAAGGUUUUGAUGUGUUAAAGAGUGGUGAUGCCAGGGUUGCUCUAAUUGGAUUUCCAUCAGUAGGCAAGUCUACUUUGUUAUCUACAUUGACAAAGACUGAAUCUGAAGCAGCUUCAUAUGAAUUCACCACUUUGACUUGCAUCCCAGGAGUGAUUGAGUACAAUGGAGCAAAUAUUCAGCUGCUGGAUCUGCCUGGUAUUAUUGAAGGUGCUGCCCAAGGUAAAGGUAGAGGUAGACAGGUGAUUGCAGUUGCCAGGACUGCGGAUUUGGUUGUGAUGAUGUUGGAUGCCACCAAAAAAGAUGUGCAUAGGGAUUUACUGGAGAGGGAAUUGGAAAGUGUUGGAAUUCGGUUGAAUAAAAAGAAACCCAACAUUUAUUUCAAGAUUAAGAAAGGUGGUGGAUUAUCCUUUAAUUCAACAUGUCCACUGACGAAAUGCGACGAGAAACUCGUGCAGAUGAUUUUACACGAGUACAAAAUCUUCAACGCUGAAGUACUCUUUCGUGAGGACUGCACAGCCGAUGAGUUAAUCGAUGUUAUCUGUGCCAACCGCGUCUACCUCCCAUGUUUGUAUGUCUACAAUAAAAUUGAUCAAAUUUCGAUUGAAGAAGUGGAUCGUAUCGCGAAACAACCUUUUUCAGUGGUUGUGAGUUGCAAUAUGAAACUUAACCUAGAUUUUCUUCUGGAAACUCUCUGGGAAUACUUAUCGCUGAUCAGAGUGUACACGAAGAAGCCUGGUCAACCACCAGACUUCAGUGACGGUCUGAUUUUGCGUAAAGGCGUCUCGGUUGAACACGUUUGUCAUGGCAUUCAUCGCACACUUGCAGCGCAGUUCAAAUACGCACUCGUGUGGGGCACCAGCACGAAAUACUCGCCGCAGCGUGUCGGUGCCAGCCACAUAAUGGCCGACGAGGAUGUUAUUCAGGUUGUUAAAAAGUAGGUAGCCAUUUUGCUCUUUCUAGGCGCCGAAUUACGGAUUUGUGUGAAGCACAAUCGAAAUAGGCAUGUCAACCUAUUUCAUUUGUUCUUUUGGCAUAUUUGUAAUUUAGUUUUAAGCAUUGCAAAUAAUUGUGUGACGUGGCAUGUUGCCAUCAGUCUAUUUUUAUGACAAUUCUGCGUUAAAUCGUGAAGAACCAACGGUUGUAAUGAUCCUGAGUGCAUUUAAAAUCAUUUGAAGUGCGAGUUUUGCAUCAUGCGUUAUUGAUUAAAGUUCUCAAGCAUUUUA